AUGUCGGCCACAAAGCGUCUGCAGACUAUCCAGUCCCAUCUUUCAACUGCCCCCGCAUCGGGCUCUGGCUCAGGCAUCGCCAAGCCCGAGAUCAAGGUCGUUGCUGUGUACGGCGCGGGCUUGAUGGGCGCUGGUAUUGCGCAGGUCGCGGCAUUUGCGGGAUACGACGGCCUCGCUAUCAUUCGCAAGUCCUCUGAGCGCAUUGCGAAGCACAUGGCACCCGAGGGCACAGACACGGCGCCCAUCAUCGACGGCAUCGUCAAGGCCAUCAAGACGACCACUGACCGCGCCGAAGCCGUCAAGGACGCUGACCUUGUCAUCGAGGCGAUUAUCGAGGACCUUGCCAUUAAGCAGGACUUCUUCAAAUAUCUCGACACCGUUGCAAACGGUCUCCUUAUCAAGGAGAUCAACGCCAAGUGUCCGCAGGAGAGGAAGAAGCGUUUCGGCGGUCUACACUUCUUCAAUCCCGUCCCCGUCAUGCGCCUCGUCGAGGUGAUCCGCACGGAAGACACGCUGCCCGAGGUCGACGACGCGCUCUACGCCUUUGGCAAGUCGCUCAAGAAGAAGCCGAUCCGCGCCAAGGACACGCCCGGAUUCAUCGUGAACCGGCUCCUGAUGCCGCUGAACCGCGAGGCGAUCCGCAUGGUCGAACGCGGAGACGCCACCUUCCAGGACGUCGACACCGCCAUGAAGCUGGGUGCCGGGCACCCCAUGGGCCCCUUCGAACUGUUCGACUAUGUCGGUCUCGCUAACAAGACAGACACGAACCUCCUCGUCGGCAAGGGCUGGGUCAAGCGCGCCGAGCAGGGCUACAUCCCCAAAGCAUACGUCGAGCCGCAGGGCACGCUGAUCCAGGACCUCGUCGCGCAGGGCAAGCUGGGGCGGAAGAGUGGAGAGGGUUUCUACAAGUAUGAGCAGAAGGGGAAGAAGUCCCUCACCUAA